AUGAAAGUCUUAAAAACGGCAAAACAUCAAAUUUCUUGUGGAUUUUUAAUCUUCUCGGAGAGAAAGCAUUAUCUCCUGUGUCAUACGACAUGCCAUAAAACACCACCCAAGCAACCCUUGAUACCUUCUCAAAUCAAUGAUGAGAAGUGGACCAUUCCGAAGGGCAUGGUGGAUGAAUCCAUUCCGACACAAGUGGGAGAUGCAGUGGAAAUUGAAACUGCAGUUAGAGAGUUGAAGGAAGAAACAGGUAUUGAUUUGAAGGAAAAUGAAGUGUUGAGGAGAGAGUUUUAUGAAAAGUGGGAAAGAGGAGAGUUGAAAUUUAAUUUACACACAGAAUAUAAAAUUAAAAGCAAGGUAGUGCGAGUGUAUUUACUGGACGAUGAGAAGGGAUUAAUCAAAAGCCAAUAUUCAUUGAGCGACAUGAAAUGCUCCUCACUCAUUGAUAUUGAUCAUCCUUUGAAAGGUUAUCCUGAAGUGGAUGCCUUUUUGUGGUGCACAAAAUCAGAGGCUUUGAAAAUUGCUCUAAAAUCACAAAAAGUACUGUUCAAAUGA